UCGUAACAGGAUGGUGUUCGGGCAGGAAGAUUGGGGUAAGUGGAUAAAGGAAUCAUGAGCAGAGUGAUCAUUAAUCAUUAACAGAACGACCUCAUACAGACAUCCUGCUUGUCGAAGUUCACUGAGUCGGGCGCCAUCUUAAAGACAACAGCCACUUGAGAGCUUCAGAGAUCCUCCUGUCUUCUGGAACAUGUGAGAGUGGGGAGAAGGGGACAAGACUGAACACUGAACAGGAUGGAUGUCCCUCAAGAGGGUGAGGAUGCUGUUGGUGGAGAUCAGACAGGCAGAGCAGCAUGUGCCGUGUCCAGCCACGUGUCCAUGAAGAAUGAGGAGCCUGUUACUGAUGGACAUCAGGGGGUCAGCACAGGAAGAGUGCUGUCUUAUCCAAGAACACAGACACACAGACCAGUGUCUCCAGUGCCCAGCUGUGUGUCCAUGAAGAGUGACCAUUCCAUGGAUCAGCCUAUGAGGCUCAGCAGUGGACCACUGUCUGAUCCAAAACCACAGACACACAGACCAGUGUCUCCAGUGCCCAGCUGUGUGUCCAUGAAGAGUGACCAUUCCAUGGAUCAGCCUAUGAGACUCAGCAGUGGACCACAGUCUGAUCCAAAAGUUUGGAGAAGCAGUCUAACUGUGCAUUCUCCAGUCAACAGAGCUGAAUUAGCAGACAAACAUGUCCUGAACAAAGUACUGAUGACCCAUAAAGCCAGCAUGAAGAGGAGGUUUGAGAGCAUAUGUGAAGGCAUCAUAAGGUCAGGGACUCAAACACUCCUGAACAAGAUCUACACAGAGCUCUACAUCACAGAGGGAGAGAGUGAAGGGGUGAAUAAUGAGCAUGAGGUUUGGCAGGUAGAGUCAGCAUCCAGGCCACAAACUACAGAGGACACAGCAAUCAACUGCAAUGAUAUCUUCAAGCCCUUACCUGGACAGGAGAGACACAUCAGAACUGUCAUGACCAAGGGGAUCGCUGGUAUUGGAAAAACUGUCUCGGUACAGAAGUUUAUCCUUGACUGGGCAGAGGAGAGAGUUAACCAGGAUGUAGAUUUCAUGUUUGUGCUUCCGUUCCGUGAGCUGAAUUUGGUCAAACAUGAUCAGUACAGUCUUCACAGGCUCCUGCUUGACUUCCACCCUGAGCUUAGAGAGCUACAGGAUAAUGAAUACAAAGACCGCCACAUUGUGUUCAUCUUUGAUGGUUUGGAUGAGAGUCGACUUCCACUGAAAUUCCAAGAAAAUCGGAAGAUUUCUGAUGUGACAGAAACAUCAUCAAUGGAUGUGCUGAUGACGAGCCUCAUUCAGGGAACUCUACUUCCUUCUGCUUUCAUCUGGAUAACCUCCCGACCAGCAGCAGCCAGUCAGAUCCCUUCUCAGUGCAUCAAUCAGGUGACAGAAGUACGAGGGUUCAAUGACCCACAGAAGGAAGAGUACUUCAGGAAGAGGAUCAGUGACCAGAAUCAAGCCAACAGAAUCAUCUCACACAUUAAGGCAUCCAGAAGUCUCCACAUCAUGUGCCACAUGCCAGUCUUCUGUUGGAUCUCAGCCACUGUCCUUCAGCAGAUACUGGAACUGGGGGUAAAAGGGAAGAAAGCCCCUAAAACUCUGACUGAGAUGUUCAUACACUUCCUGCUCAUCCAGACUACCAGGAAGAACCAGAAGUAUCAAGAGGAAAGUCAGACAGAUAGACAGAGGCUCCUGGAGUCACAUAAAGGUGUCAUAUUGAAACUGGCAGAGUUGGCUUUCAAGCAUCUGGAGAAUGGCAAUCUCAUGUUCUAUGAGGAAGACCUGAGAGAGUGUGGCAUUGAUGUCAGUGAAGCCUCAGUGUACUCUGGCAUGUGCACAGAGAUCUUCAGGGAGGAAUGUGUGUUUCACCACAAGAAGGUCUACUGCUUUGUCCAUCUGAGCAUCCAGGAGUUUCUAGCAGCCAUGUUUGUGUUUCAUUCCUACAUGUCUGGAAAUCUGGAGUUGCUGAAAUCUUUCCUCCCCAAAAGACAUGGACACAAUCAAACAUUCCUUCCUUUGCAUAUUCUGUUGAAGAGAGCUGUGGACAAGGCUUUGGACAGCAAGAAUGGACACCUGGACCUUUUCCUUCGCUUCCUUGUAGGCAUAUCAGUGGAGAGCAAUCAAGCCCUCUUGCAAGGCUUAUUGACAAACACACACAGCAGCUCAGAGUGUAUCCAGAAAACAUGUCAAUACAUCAAAGUUCUUAAGGGGAAGUCUCCUGAAAGAUGCAUCAAUCUUCUUCACUGCUUAUUUGAAAUGAACGAUCAUUCUCUGCAUCAAGAAGUCCAAACCUAUUUCAAAUCUCCAGAUGGCCUCUCAGAUGAAUUGUCACCUGCCCACUGUUCAGCACUGGCCCACAUGUUUCUGAUGUCUGAUGAUGUGCUGGAUGUGUUUGACUUGAGCAAAUACAAAACAUCAGAGGAGGGACGGAGGAGACUGGUGCCAGCUGUGAGAUGCUGCAGGAAGGCUGUACUUGCUGACUGUAAGCUAACAGAGAAGUCCUGGGAGAUUGUGGCCUCAGCUCUGCAGUCUGCAAACUCCCCCUUAAGAGAGCUGGACCUGAGUCAGAAUGACCUGCAUAAGUCAGGAGAAAAGCUUGUCUCUGCUCUUCUGAGUCCAAACUGCAAACUGGAGACACUGAGACUUGUUGGCUGUAAACUGAAAGGGGGAUUUUUGGCUUUGGCUCACAAGGGGGCAAACCCCCAACUAAGAGAGCUGGACAUCAGUGACAGUGAGCUUCAGGACUGUGGAGGAGAACUGCUCCAUCAACCACUCAAUCAAGACUGUAAAGUGAGACUUACCAGCUGUAAACUCAAACACAGCUCAUGUGAGAUUGUGGCCUCAGUUCUGCAGUCAUAUCAUUCUCAGCUGAGUGAGUUGGACAUGAUUGGCUGUGAUCUGCAAACAUCAGAAGAGAAGCAGCUCUUUGGUCUUAGAAACCCAAACUGCCAACUGAAGAAACUGAGACUUGUUGGCUGUAAACUGAGAGGAAGAUUUUUGGCCUUGACUCUUCAGUGGGCAAACUCCCACCUAAGAGUGCUGGACAUCAGUGACAGUGAGCUUCAGGACUGUGGAGGAGAACUGCUCCAUCAGCCACUGAAUCAAGUCUGUAAAGUGAGACUGAUCAGCCGUGAACUCAAAGGCAGCUCCUCUGAGGUUGUGGUCUCAGUUCUGCAGUCGUAUAUUUCUCAGCUGAGUGAGUUGGACAUGAGUGGCUGUGAUCUGCAAACAUCAGAAGAGAAGCUGCUCUCUGGUCUUCGAGAUCCAAACUGCUACCUGGAGAAACUGAGACUUCUUGGCUGUAAACUGAGAGGAAGGUUUUUGGCCUUGAUUCUUCAGUGGGCAAACUCCCACCUAAGAGAGCUGGACAUCAGUGACAGUGAGCUUCAGGACUGUGAAGGAGAACUGCUCCAUCAACCACUGAAUCAAGACUGUAAAGUCAGACUCAUCAGCCGUGGACUCAAAGACAGCUCCCGUGAGGUUGUGGUCUCAGUUCUUUCAUAUAUUUCUCAACUGAGUGAGUUGGACAUGAGUGGCUGUGAUCUGCAAACAUCAGAAGAGAAGCUGUUCUCUGGUCUUAGAAACUCAAACUGCCACCUGGAGAAACUGAGGUCAGUAAAACUCUGGAAGACUUCACAGAGGUCUUAUCUACACAUUCAAACUUUCAAAGAAUUUUGACAUUCAGACUUAGAAGCAUAGAAGCAUUUUGAGAAACAUUGGCUCUGAUUGUUGUGCCUGUGUUGAUGAGAGGAUGUUGACCCCAGAUCAGUUCAGUGCUCCCUGCUGGUGUGUCCUAGCCUGGCAUAGCCCUCGGUAAGCUUCCGCUCAAUUUUCAUUUCCCUACACCAUUACGUCUGGGUCUAAUCCCAUUGAGCUCAAUUUCUCAGGAUGCAUUACA